ACACAGCCAUCCCCAUUGACUCAAGAGUAUCUUUUGAGUAUCAAAUGGGUUCUUAAAGUAAAAACAUUAUCUCAACAGGUUAAAAAUGGUGUUGGGUUUAUGAUUGUUGUGGCUAUGUAUUUUUUUUUUUAGUUGAAUUUUGGAUGCUUUGAUAAUUAAGCAUUUUUGUGUUCUUGGUUGAAUCUCUAUUUUGGAGUUGGACUAUUUGAUUUCAAGAAAAGAAGUGAAGGAAGAAGAACAAAGACCAAAGCAAAUCAACGACUUUUCUUCUUCCGUUUUAAUUCAACCCCCAUCCCAAUUUCCUGUGCAAUUUCUUCUUCUCAUUCCAUGGAAGCCUGCAAGCUCUGCAACUGGUCAAUUUUUUCGCUUCUUCUUCUUCUUCUUCUUCGUCCAUAACAUUUUCUUCAAUUCCUUACUUCGAGUCUCCUCGACCCUGUUGCAGUCAACGGGGCUCCUUCACGUUUUGAGCAGUUUCCUCGAAGGUUCCCACAGAAUCUGGAGCUCCGAUUCGAGGAUUCUAUUGAGCUUUGACCUCUUGGCGCUCCUCCUCCGAAAUCCCUCUGCUCACUAUGUCGGAUUGUUUCGAGUGUAAACUUUAGUGCGGGAUUUUGGUUUGCGUUAUGUCGGUGAUGUUGCGUUCUUCGUCUUCUCUGUGGAUAAUUUUGGUGCUCCGGUUUGUUUCGCUGCUCUCUGCUAAUCCUGAAGGCGAUGCUUUGUAUGCAUUGAAGUCGAAUUUACAAGAUCCCAACAGCGUAUUGCAGAGUUGGGAUCCAACACUUGUUAAUCCCUGCACUUGGUUUCAUGUCACCUGUGACAACGCGAAUACUGUCAUUCGAGUUGAUCUUGGAAAUGCAAAUCUAUCUGGUACAUUAGUUCCACAACUUGGUCAGCUUCCGAGUUUACAGUAUCUGGAACUCUAUAGUAACAAUAUUAGUGGAGGAAUUCCGGAGGAGCUUGGGGAUUUGACAAACUUGGUGAGCUUGGAUCUUUACUUGAACAAUUUAACUGGUCACAUACCCGUCACACUUGGCCAGCUUGAUAAUCUGCGUUUCCUGCGUCUUAACAACAACAGCUUGACAGGAACUAUUCCAAUGUCAUUAACCACUGUUAAAUCCUUGCAAGUCCUGGAUCUUUCAUAUAAUCACCUAACUGGAGAUAUUCCGAUCAAUGGUUCUUUUUCUCUUUUUACCCCUAUCAGCUUUGCUAAUAAUAAUCUAAAUGAGUCUGCCGUUCGUCCUCCACCAUCUCCUUUACCUUCUUCACCAACCCCCACAUCAGGUAAUUCUGCCACUGGAGCUAUUGCUGGUGGAGUUGCUGCUGGUGCUGCUUUACUGUUUGCUGCUCCUGCUGUUGCAGUUGCUCUGUGGCGUCGGAAGAAACCUCAAGAUCAUUUCUUUGAUGUACCUGCUGAAGAGGAUCCAGAAGUUCAUCUUGGUCAGCUUAAGAGGUUCUCUCUACGUGAACUACAAGUUGCUACAGAUAAUUUUAGCAACAAAAAUAUUCUAGGUAGAGGUGGUUUUGGCAAGGUCUAUAAGGGACGUCUGGCUGAUGGAUCUCUGGUGGCAGUUAAAAGACUUAAAGAGGAACGUUCCCAGGGUGGGGAGCUGCAAUUUCAAACAGAAGUAGAGAUGAUCAGCAUGGCUGUGCAUCGUAAUCUUCUCCGCCUGCGUGGAUUUUGUAUGACACCAACUGAGCGGGUGUUGGUCUAUCCAUAUAUGGUUAAUGGAAGUGUAGCAUCGUGUUUAAGAGAGCGUUCAGAAUCACAACCUCCACUUAAUUGGUCGAACCGAAAACGCAUUGCUUUGGGAUCGGCAAGGGGACUUGCUUAUCUACAUGAUCAUUGUGAUCCUAAGAUUAUUCAUAGGGAUGUGAAAGCUGCAAACAUUUUGCUUGACGAGGAGUUUGAAGCCGUGGUUGGUGAUUUUGGGCUGGCUAAACUCAUGGACUACAAAGAUACUCAUGUCACAACUGCAGUAAGAGGAACAAUUGGGCAUAUAGCGCCUGAGUACCUUUCGACUGGAAAGUCUUCUGAGAAGACUGACGUUUUUGGGUACGGGGUAAUGCUCCUCGAACUCAUAACUGGACAGAGGGCCUUUGAUCUUGCCCGGCUUGCAAAUGAUGAUGAUGUCAUGCUUCUUGAUUGGGUGAAAGGACUUCUAAAAGACAAGAGGCUUGAAACGCUAGUCGAUCCCGAUUUUGCGGGAAACUAUCCUGACAACGAAGUCGAGCAGCUCAUACAAGUUGCCUUGUUGUGCACACAAGGCACUCCUACCGAGCGGCCUAAGAUGUCGGAGGUUGUACGGAUGCUCGAGGGUGAUGGGUUAUCUGAAAGAUGGGAAGAAUGGCAGAAAGAGGAUCGGUUCCAACAAGAAGUAAGCCGCAAUCCCCACCCAAGUACUACUUGGAUUCUUGACUCUACUGCUGAAAUGCCUCCUGAUGAACUGUCUGGUCCGAGAUGAUUUCUGGAAGCCCCCUCAUAUAUAUAUAUAUAUAUCACAUUUGUGCAUAUAGUUUCCACUUUUUUUUUUUUUUUUAUAUAGAAAAAAAUAAUUUCAUCAUAAAUUUUCUGGGUUGUUCAUCUUGUACCACAUAUCUGAGUUCUCAGUAAUUUGUAGAGGGGUUGGUAAUCAAAACAUGAGAAUUCAGCUGAUUUUUCAAAUUUGAUCUGAUAAAGUGAUGUUGCAUAAGUAUAUUGGUUUGUAUUAUCAAAUUUUCCUUCUGUACCAAUGAAUUUAUAUUACACAUCA